GUCAGUCCUGUAGGACUGCUGGAGGCGGCCACAUCGCCAUGUUGAACGAAGUCAUCCUACUCAGUAGAGCGCUACUCGUCAAAUAGCAGUUCUAAAGAUCAGGUACUGUUAAUUUAAGAAAGGGCACGUCGUCGAGAUCGCCCUGGCAAGUAGAGACGAACUGGAUCCUCGGACACCCCGAGCGGGGAGGGGGAACAACCCCCCUACCUUCAGCAAUGAAGACAAACCCCAAUAAGCGCUAGCGAGCUAACGUUAGCUUGCUACUGUAUCAAUAAGCUAGCUAGACUGUUAGCUAGCUAGCUAGCUAGCUAGCUAAAGCUUUCUGUCUGAGCUAGCUUUUCCGCCACCGGCAACUUGCUCGUUUAGGGCCUGCUGCUGGCGCAACUUGCUGGCAAGCUACAUUUUAUACGCGCUAUUUUUAAGCUGCCGGUCUACAUAACUAGCUUUUUUUUUGUAAAUAGUCGCCUUUGAGUUUUGUUUUGUUUUUGUUUUUUUGCAAUGAGUUUGUCGCAGAAAGCGGUGCCGAAGUCAGCCGCUCCUGCCGGACCUGGACCCGGGCCGGCCAACUCCUCUCAGCUGCGGACUCCGCUAGCCACAGUGCCGCUUCCGGGGCCGCCGCUCGCCCAGCAGCCUCCUCCGGUACCACCAACGCAAGUUUUCCUUAAUGCGUUGCACCCCAGGAUCCCCAGAGUGCAGCCGCCGCCGCUGGACGAGCGAAUCUUCUCCACACAACCUGGCGUUGCUGCCGUCUACAGUGUCCAGAGACCCCCCGGCCCUCCUUACACAGCCCAUGAAAUCAGCAAGGGACACCCGAACCUUGCGGCCACACCGCCGGGCCACGCCUCCUCACCCGGCCUUUCUCAGGUAUCAGUUUCCACAGUAUCCACUGCGCAUCUGUAUGGCCACCCUAAAGCCUGGGAGGCAGGAGGAGGGUCGCCGUACACGGCGGGUCAGAAUGCCGGUACAGCCCCGCUGGUCUACUCACCACAGACGCAAACAAUGAACGUCCCACCUCAAAGCCGCCCGUUUGCCCCAGGGCCUCGUCCUACCCAUCACCAGUUUUUCCAGAGGACUCAGAUGCAGCCGCCGCGACCCUCCAUUCCAAGCAACAGCCCUUCGAUUCGACCUGCAUCUCAGGCCCCAAAUGCCACUGUCUACUCGCCGAGCCCACCCAUCAUGAUGUCCAUGACGCCGAUGCCCUUCGCUUCCCCCCAGGCUGCCCAGUACUACAUACCCCAGUAUCGCCACAGUGCUCCUCCAUACGUGGGGCCUCCUCAGCAGUACUCGGUCCAACCCACAGGACCCAGUACCUUCUACUCUGGACCUACUCCUGGAGACUUUCCUACAGCAUAUGCUGCGGGGACUCAAUACUAUCCUGGUCAGGCCAUGUACACCCCGUCUCCAUCCAUAAUAGUGCCUACACCGCAGCAACCUCCACCUGCCAAGAGGGAGAAGAAAACAAUCCGUAUCCGAGACCCUAACCAGGGCGGCAGGGACAUCACAGAGGAGAUCAUGUCAGGAGUGGGUGGGAGUCGAAACCCCACUCCGCCAGUGGGACGGCCCUCCUCCACCCCUACUCCUCCACAGCAGCUGAACCAGGUAGUGGAACAUGGGCAUGUCAUCUAUAAUGUGGACAGUGCCCAGGUCCUCCCUGCUCCUGUCGACUUGAAACCAGAUGACAAGCCAAAGCUUGAGAGUGCUGUACAAAAAUCUCCAUCUCCAGGACUGCGCACCGUGGAGCCUCCUGUGCAAAGGCGAGAGCCCAGCAGCCCUGUCCCUGACCCACACCCCCCAGAGAAAUCAGAGCUUCCUCCCUCAGACCCAGAAGUGGCCCAGAGUGUAGUUCCAGCCUCAGUUCCCUCUCUCAGCCCCUCCAAGCCCAUCUCAGCAGUGGAUGCAGCAGAAAAGCCCACCCCUCCAGCGGAGCCCAUUCCUGCACAAGCUGUCACACCAGAGCCAGAUAAACCAGAGCCUGUGCAAGUGCCACCAGAGGUGCCAGCUUCUGCAGCACAGGCUGUAAAAGCCGUCAAUGGGCUAGCUGAAUCGGAUGCCGCUCCUCCUCAUGACGUCUCCGAUUUUCUGUCCCUGUCCCAUUCAUCCACAGAGCCCAGUACUAUACUGGAGAACUACAGUUUAGAUGUAAAGGCUCCAAGUCCUCCAGCUUUGGAAAUUGAUUCUUCAGGCACUAUGACCCCUUCCCUGCCCACUGUCAUCACUGCUGCUGCUGUUGCUGUUAGAGCUGUUCCCACACCUCCUCCAGGUCUCACUCAUCCAAGCCAGGCUCCUGUAGAGGCAGGUCCAGCCCAGACAGCCUUAACUGGGCCAGAGAACAGAGAUGCUGGAAAAGAGGCAGAGGUUGCCCUGGAAGAGAAAGUGGAGCACACAUUACAAUCCAACGUUAGACAAAGUUCAAGUCAAAGUCAAGUUGCAUCUAGUGUACCAAAGACCUGGAAAAAGCCAAAAGAGGAUGCUCUUGUGGAGCAGGCCCAGUGUUCUGACAGAGAGGAUAAGCCUGAGCCAGCCAUAGAAGCUACAGUGGAGAAUUCCAGCCUGUCAUCUGUGGCUGUGGAGCAUCGAUCUUCAGCAGAAACACCAGUAGAAGAGAACGGAGAGCAGGAAGCAGAGCCGCUGAAGAAUGGACCCGAGCACAGCUCUGAGGCUGAAAGCAGCGAUGGAGUCCUCACACCUGCACUUGAAGAGCCCAACAGCAACACAAUUCAGAAACCAGAGCUGAAGAAUGGGAAGAGGCAGUACAAUAGAGACUUUCUAUUGGGCUUCCAAUUCAUGCCUGCCUGUGUGCAGAAGCCGGAUGGGCUUCCACCCAUAUCUGAUGUGGUACUGGAUAAGAUAAACCAAAAUAAGCUUCCCCUGCGGCCGGACCCACGGGGGCUCAUCUCCAGAGGCCCAGACUUCACCCCAGCUUUUGCAGACUUUAGUAGACUCAUUCCUGCAGGGAGAGGAGCACCGCUUCUGAAUGUAAGUCUGAGACGCCCUCCUCCCCGCAAGAUCAUCAUGAAUGUGUCUGUGAACGAUGAGGUGCAGCUGAAGAAGUCUGAGAACGCCUGGAAGCCUGGCUUGAAGAGAGAGAACCCCGCAGAGGACCCGGAGACCCAGAGAACUCAGGAUCUUUUCCGGAAGGUGCGCAGUAUCCUUAACAAACUGACACCACAGAUGUUUAGUCAGCUGAUGAAGCAGGUGACAGAUCUCACCAUCGACACGGAGGAGCGCCUUAAGGGCGUCAUCGACCUGGUUUUUGAGAAAGCCAUUGAUGAGCCUAGCUUCUCUGUAGCGUAUGGCAAUAUGUGUAGCUGUCUGGCUACGUUAAAAGUGCCCAUGGCAGACAAGCCCAACAGCACUGUGAAUUUCCGAAAGCUGCUGCUAAACCGCUGUCAGAAAGAGUUUGAGAAGGACAAAGUGAAUGACGAUGUCUUUGAAAAGAAACAGCGGGAACUGGAAGCAGCUGCCUCAGCCACUGAGCGUGACAGGCUACAGGAGGAGCUGGAGGAGGCUAAGGACAAAGCCCGCAGAAGGUCCAUUGGUAAUAUCAAGUUCAUCGGGGAGCUAUUUAAGCUGCGAAUGUUGACCGAGGCCAUCAUGCAUGACUGUGUGGUGAAACUGCUGAAGAACCACGACGAGGAAAGUCUCGAGUGCCUCUGUAGGCUCCUCACGACCAUUGGCAAAGAUCUGGACUUUGAGAAGGCCAAGCCACGAAUGGAUCAGUACUUUAACCAGAUGGAAAAAAUAGUGAAGGAGAGGAAGACUUCAUCACGCAUUCGUUUCAUGCUCCAGGAUGUAAUUGACCUGCGCCUGCACAACUGGGUAUCACGGAGAGCUGAUCUCGGGCCCAAGACCAUUGAGCAGAUCCACAAGGAGGCCAAAAUCGAGGAGCAGGAAGAGCAGAGGAAAGUUCACCAACAGCUGCUAUCCAAGGACAAGAGGAGACCAGUAAUUCAAAGAGAGGAGACCUGGAACACUGUGCCUGUGCCUAAGAACAGUAGAACAAUAGACCCCAACAAGAUCCCUAAAAUCACCAAGUCAACAAUAGAUGAUAAGAUUCAGUUGGGACCAUUGGGACGAGCACAGCUCAACUGGAUGAAGGGCAGCAGUGGAGGAGCUGGAGCCAAGGCCAGUGAAUCAGAUAUCUUGCGCCCCAGCAGCCUGAACCGUUACUCACCGCUUCAGCCCUCAGUCCCAGCUUCUGCCUCCACUCCAUCUGCCUCCCCUGACAUUGACUCUAGAGGAGGCCUGAGCAGUCGUGGAAGCUCGGGACGGGAACGCAACGAUAAACCAUUGACUUUGGGUCCUUCGCGGUCUGGCCCUCCGUCUGUGGGCGGAACAGCGAAGGAGGCUGCUGAGGAGCUUCCACAGGAAGAAAUUCCCAAGGACACGCACGUCCCUGACACGCCCAAACCGCAGCCCAGCACAGCUAGCAGAAGCAAGCUGGAGCGCAGCCAAUCCAGGGAAUCUGUAAAACUUGAAGCAAUGCCAGGCCCUACUACAGACAAGCCUGUGUUAUCAGAGGAGGAGAUGGAGAAACGGUCCAAGUCCAUUAUCGAUGAGUUUUUGCACAUUAAUGAUUACAAGGAGGCCAUGCAGUGCGUGGACGAACUGGAACAGGCCACAAUGCUAUAUGUUUUUGUGCGGGUGGGUGUGGAGUCCACACUGGAGAGGAGCCAGAUCACGCGCGAACAUAUGGGCCAGCUGUUCCAUCAGCUGCUGCAGGCUGGGAGCCUCUCCAAAUCUCAGUUCUUUAAAGGGUUUUCAGAAACCCUUGAGAUAGCAGAUGAUAUGGCCAUUGACAUUCCUCAUAUAUGGCUGUACUUAGCGGAGCUAGUUAAUCCUGUGCUCCGGGAAGGAGGAAUCUCUAUGAGAGAAUUAUUUAGUGAAUUUAGCAAACCAUUACUCCCUGUGGGAAGAGCUGGCAUAUUAUUUUCUGAAAUAUUGCACCUUCUAUGCAAACAAAUGAGCCAUAGGAAAGUGGGGGCCUUAUGGAGGGACUCUGGACUGCGCUGGGCUGACUUCCUCCCUGAAACAGAGGAUGUGCACAGCUUCAUUACUGAGCAGAAACUAGACUUCACUCUUUCUGAUUGCUCGAGUCCGCCCGACAUGGCCUUUACGAGAACACUCUCACCCGAAGAGCUGAACAAACAACUUGAAAAACUCCUCCUGGAGGAUGUGGCUAGCGACGAACAAAUCUUCGACUGGGUAGAGGCAAAUCUGGAUGAGUCGGAAAUGAGUUCACCACCCUUCCUCAGAGCUCUGAUGACUGCUGUGUGUAAAGCAGCAGUCAAAUGGGAGAGUUCCUCCUGUAGAGUGGACACGGCCAUUAUCCAGAAGCGUUUGCCUGUAUUACACAAGUACCUUAACUCGGACACGGAGAGACAGUUGCAAGCACUUUACGCACUUCAAGCUCUGAUAGUGAAACUGGACCAGCCUCCGAACUUGCUCCGUAUGUUCUUUGACUGUUUGUAUGAUGAGGACGUAAUAUCGGAGGACGCGUUCUACAAGUGGGAGACCAGCAAAGACCCGGCUGAACAACAGGGCAAAGGAGUAGCGCUCAAAUCCGUGACUGCCUUCUUCACGUGGCUGCGAGAGGCUGAGGAGGAGUCGGAGGACAAUUGACAAAAGGGGAAAAAAGGACAUGUUUGUGGGCGUGUACUGACAAAGACAAUAGUCGCUGAAACAAUAACCGCAUCUUCUAAAAUGAAAUACAAGCAAACUUUAUGUAUCAAUGGGAAGAAUGAAGCGCACCAGUGCAAAUGGGUACAGUUCACUGACGUAAAGCGACAUGACGACUUACAAUUGCUGGAGCACUAAAAAUACAUGUAUUAUUUAUAGUAAUAUUUCAUUUAAGUUUUUAAUUUUCUCUUUUGUUACUUUUUAAGGAAAAGGACUUUAAUAAUGCAUUUAUGUGCUAUAAUGAAACAGAAGCUCAGUUCAGACUCUAAUUUAUGAUUUCCCCCCUCCCUCCCUUUUUGUCUUUCUUUUUCUAUUUUAAAGACCUGCAAACAAUUGUAUUUAACGUUUGCAGAUGGUCAAAAUGAGGCAUUGGUGGAUAUAGAAAUAAAUAAUGUUAAUAAUAAUAUAAUAACUGUAAAAAUGGUUUGAAAGGCUUCCUGACAUCCAGAUUGUUCGGUUAAGGACAAUAGAAUUCAAUGGGUAAAUGACAGUCAGGGUUCUAGAGAUUUGGCAUAGAUUUCCGUCGGCUUUUUAAGGUUAUUACUGACAUAACCUUACCAGUUUUCCUUCUGCUUUAGCUUACUCUACAUGGAAAGGUUGAAUCCAGCAGAACUAUGCAUUCGGAAGACUGCUGCGAUUAUGAUCAAAACAAGACCUUCGAAUGGAAUUCACUGAGCAAAUGGCAACUUGUACAAAGGAUGCUAAAGAGAUGUUGCUAAACCUAAAGUGCUUGUAAUUCUUAAUACUGAUAGAGCAAAUUUAAAACAUGUAAAUAUAUUAAAAAGCAAAAAUUAUGUUUAAAAAAGCAAA